AUGCAGAGACCGGGCGGCCAAGGGACGGCGUUUUCGAUCGACUCCUUGAUAGGAACUCCGCAGCCUCGGCCGGGACACCUGCUCUACACUGGCUACCCGAUGUUUAUGCCGUACAGACCCUUGAUGAUUCCUCAAUCUUUAUCUCAUUCACAUUUACCGUCUGGCAUACCUCCUUUGGCGCCGUUGGCAUCUUUCGCCGGACGUCUUACCAACACAUUCUGUGCGAGUUUGGGACAGGGGAUGCCGUCCAUGGUGGCUCUCACCACAACACUGCCGAGUUUCUCGGAUCCGCCGGAUAGUUUCUAUCCCCCCCAAGAGCUCCCCGGACCUCGGUUAAGUGCCGACCCUGGAACGAGGAGAAUAGAGAGCCCCCACUCAGAUGAUCUGCAUGGAAGAGACAAGGGAUCGGACUUACUCAACUUCUCGGAAACUUUUCAAACUAUGCCAGGUGAGACUAAAUUGUACAGCUCUGACGAUGAGAAGUUUGACUUGAAAUCAGCAGACGCAGUUUGCAGUGACCGAGAUGACAGCUCUGCCGUCGACAGUGAGAACGAAAGCUUCUCCGAUGGGAACAACUGUGGUUCUUUAUCCCAAAAGAGUAAACUAAAACCCGGGUCACAGGAAGCAUUACCACCAGGAAGCUCAGCAGGAAAGAGCAGAAGAAGGCGGACAGCUUUUACAAGCGAGCAGCUACUUGAACUUGAGAAGGAAUUUCAUUGUAAAAAGUACCUUUCGCUCACCGAACGCUCUCAAAUAGCACACGCCCUUAAAUUGAGCGAGGUGCAGGUCAAAAUUUGGUUCCAGAAUCGUAGGGCCAAAUGGAAAAGAAUCAAAGCGGGAAACGUCAAUAACAGGUCGGGAGAGCCUGUGAGAAACCCCAAAAUUGUGGUCCCCAUUCCAGUGCACGUCAACAGGUUUGCGGUGAGGAGUCAACACCAACAGAUAGAGCAAACAAGGCCUUGA